AAUUUCAGUUUAGGUGCUGUUUAGAGUUCAAUGACCUAAGAGGAAGCAUCACUGCCUUUUGUAGGAAUCUGCUAUAAAAUAGAAGGCAGCUACUUAUUCAAGCAGAAAAUGCAGUAACAGAAAUUCAGAUAAGGAAUGGGUGUUAGACCACUAAUAGAUCAUAAAGCAACCCUGAUUGAUUUUGACCAUGAAAAGCAAUCGUCUUACCAGAUACACAUCAACCACCUCCAGGCCUUCUUGGAACAAUAUAAUCCUCCUCCCAGCAAUGCUGAGGUCUGUGUCUCCGGACCCCCAUCAGACCCCAAGAAGGUAUGCAAGUUUGACAUAGCUGACCUAGGAACAAAUUGUACGUGGGCUAACAAGUUUGGUUAUGCUGAUGGCCAACCUUGUGUGCUUUUGAAACUUAACCGGAUAUUUGAUUGGGUACCAGAGUCUUAUGCUAAUGCCAAUGACACAGGAAAUCCAGAUGCGUAUGAGUCCAACUCUGUAUUAGUGACCUGUAAUGGAGAGCAUCCUGCGGAUAUAGACAACAUGGGACCCGUAGAAUUCUUUCCUCCUGCUGGAUUCAGCUUCAAUUACUUCCCAUAUAAGAACCAAGUGGGGUACAGACAGCCUAUCGUCAUGGCGCAGUUCACCGGAAUCACACGAGGGAUCGUAGUUCAAAUUCGUUGCAGAGCUUGGGCUGAUAAUAUCUUGUAUCAUAAAAACGAUAAAAUGGGAAGCGUCCAUUUUGAAUUACGUGUUGACUAAUGUUUAGGAUAUUUAGAGCAUUCCUGUUAGAUUCGUGAAUGUUGCCUGUUGAAUCAUUGAAAUAUUAGAAUAACAGUGACAAGGUUGUAAAGACAGUAAUCUUUGUGUUCAAAUAUUGUCUGUUUAAGGGAAAAAUCCAAGAAGGCAACAAUUGCUACUUAUUCAUAGAAAGAAAUCCAGAUGUUUGAAGCAAAAAGAAUGAAACGGAGAAGAAAUAUUGUAAAUUGUAGAGAAAAUUGUGAAUUGUAGGGCAAUAUUAUAAAUUUUAGAGAAAUUUUGUGACAAAGUAAUGCUUGUUGCUUUAAAUCUAGAAAAAGGAAUAAGCAACAAAAACUCAGAUUUUUAAAUAAUGAUUGGUGACAUUUUCAAUACAGGUGCAUUUCUGAAAUUAGGCAAUUAAGUGUAAAUAUAAACUGCGAAAUAAGAAAUUUUAUGUUGCAAUUCAUAAAAAGUUUCAUUGAAAGUUUUAUGUACUUGAUGCUUGAAAGACAUGACACGAUAACCAAUUGCUGAUUAAAAGUUAAAUAAAUACAGAAAAUGAUUCACAUGAAAAUUCUUAUUUUACAGUAGUUCUUCUAGGAAAUUAUAAAGGAAAAGUUGUUAAGAUGUAUUUGUAUAGAUUUAAUCAAAACUCCAUAAAAUGUAGAAUUAGUAUGUUAAUGUGUUAGCUAGCAUUAUGUAUGAUACCCCUCUUCUACCCUUUGUUCACCCUUUGCUCAUGUGCUGAUAAUAGUCUCUGAUUUGGAU